AUGUUGCAGCCGACAGAUUGUAAAUGCUACCCGCUAAAAUUGCCCUUGCUACCGCCCCCGCACAACCUGACCGCAGCGAGCUCGACGCCUGCGUUGAACGGAUCAGAGGACGAGCCGCUGGACGAGUGUCUCCGAAGGAAACUGAUGUUGGAGUUACGUACAGGUGCAGCGGUCACACUCACAAGGUCCAAUGUGUACGUCCAUGGUGGGCUCACCAUCCCCUUGAAUUUGCACCAGGUCAACUCACUCAACAUACAGAAGGAACUCAUACUGUACUUCGCCAGGAGGAAGAACAACGGGAUCACUUUCCAGAACCUAGACCAGUGGAUCAGCUCGGAGACGUUCUUUCUAGAUCUUGUCUCGCGGUCGUGGACCAGGUUGGAGACGACCGUGGACCGCGACAUGGAGCAGCCGCUCGAUGGGCAGGGACAAGAGGAGUCUGGAGUUGCGGCUGCGGAUCUCGACAACACGGACUCGAAAUCCACCUCAGAACUCACUAAGGAUAAACCACUCGUCGUGUGUGAUCUCAGUGAACGACUGUUCCACGCGAUGUGCUACGUGGACCACUCGCUGUUCAUCUUCGGCGGACUCGUCGUUUCCCCGCAGAACGGGUACGAACUGGUCGCCACAAACGAGCUCUGGAAGCUCGACCUCCUCACCAACAAAUGGACGCUGCUCAGCAGGAACCCGUCCAUCGCGAGGAGGUUUAACCACACCGUGCAUGUCAAGAACGAGCUCAGGGAUACAAGGGACACGAAACUGAUCAUCGUUGGCGGUCUUAACAACCUCAACGAACCAAUCAACACCAUAGACAUAUACAAUGUAACGCAGAACUGCUGGCAAUUCGAAGUCACUCCACCGGAUCCAAUGAACCUCUCAGCAAAUAUUGAUGGGAAUACCGUCAGUCUCGCCAGAGAACGCAACUUCUCCAUCCUCGUGGAGGACAACAAGGCUCGAAUCCCAGCACUCGCAUUCUACACGCCGAAUAGCCAGGAUACACGCAGCAGAGGUGGAAGCACAUCCCACUCAAAGGAGGAUAUCUCCGAUGACAGCCAGAUCGGUGCCUCAAAAGCAGACGACAGGAUCGUCUCGCCGAUAACAGCACUUCCCCUUGUGUCGAACUCGCAGGGUAUAAGAAUGGCGUACACGUCAUUGCAACAUAAGGAAUUCCUGUUGGAACCUUUCAACCUCAAAUCCCCGACGGGGGACACUUUCGGAUACAAUAUCAUUAUGGGCGGGUUCCAUCCUGAUAGGAACACGUUGAACUUCUGCUGCUUCAUUUUUGACAUACCGUCAGGAAAGUGGACUAGGGUGGACAUAAACUGCCCAGAAUCCCAGCUGGAAAUACACAGGUUCUGGAGAGUGUUUGUGUGGAAGUCACACCACAGAGCACUGCUCCUGGGGACAAAGAAGGACGAUGGGUACCUCCCCAGCGUGCAGAAAUUCGACUACAUAGAAACUUUCAGUCUUGCAAUGUUAAACGCAUUUAACAAGACAGUGCACCCGUUGUACGAGGUCAAUGCCUUGUCCAACCAGACAGCCAUGUCCAACUCACUACUACACAAUAAUUUGGACGAAAUAUUCAAGGAAUCUGCCACGAGGGAAAGAGAGGAGGAACACUUGAAGGCUAAGGAAGACUUCACCUCCGCCGCAACCUCACAGUUCGAAAAAUAUAUCAGGUACAUCGCACCACCAAUGGAGGUCAGCACCAUUAGAUCAGUGUUCCCACCGUACGCCAUGGUCUUGGGUAAAGACGCCCUCGAAAUAUUUGGGAACUCACUUUCUGAUUUCGAAUUCAUUACGUCCGAGGGAGAAUCUGUUGGAGUGCCCCUGUACCUGCUAAGGAAACGGUGGGGGCGCUACUUCGAUCACCUUCUUUCCAGGGGGUACUCCGACGCAGUAACAGAGUACGAGGCCUCCGGGAAACGGUCCCAACUGAUUAAUUUAUCCCCGAUCAGAUCAAGACUCAGUUCGAAAGAUUUAUCUAGACGUGGGUCCCGUUGGUCCUCCGCAGGGUCACUGCCAAACUUCUUCAACAGAUAUUCUACUGGGAACCUCGCAAAUCCAUCGCAGAACAGUGGGGGCCAAGAUGGUGAAGGAAACAGCAACAGCAACAGUAACAGCACACCUCCGGCAUCCACUCCAUUGACUCAAUUUUCACGCACGAACAGCAAUGUAGCUACCGGACUAACAAAGCCUACGGCAAGUAAAACCAAAAUGUCGAAUGUUACAUUCAACAGUAACUAUGAUGAUGAAGGUGUUCCACCGCAUUCCUCUGUAGCCACUACAAAUCCAAGCAAGAGUCGGAAGGGCAGUGUUGUCAGCGGGCUGAAUGCCGUAGAGUUGAAAAGAUCGGUUACCACCGGCUCGACUACUAGCUCCUCUGGUGGUAUGGUAUUUAGAGUCCCCUUUCAAGAGAAAACUUCAUCGCCAUCACCGGACAAAUUGGACAGGGCAAUAGCACCACAUACAACACAGACAGAAAAGAGGCGUUCGUCUCUUUUGGGGCUGCCUUCAGAAAUGUUCAACAAUGGUAAUAGCGCAAUAGGGAAACCGGAGAACGCAAGACGGUCGUCCCAUCCAACAAUGCCGUCAAUAAAGCAAAAUGAAUCCUUCGUCCCAGCUCACUCAAAUCUGAGAUACCCAACCAGCGCCCGAAGCUCGAUUUCGUAUGUAAGCUCAUCAUCAGAUAGAACAGGUAAUUCAGGGAUAAACCACAGCAAUAGUGCUGGGAAUAGUAGAAAGAACAGUCUAAUAGGGGUGGAACCAACUUUUCCAGGUAUUUUGAACGUCAGAAUCCCACCGUUGCAGCAAGCUCCAGAAGAAUCAAUACCAGUCCCGCCUCAAUCUACCCGGAGCAUCAUAUCCUUUAACGAAUUCUCGUUGUCCAACCGGAACAGCCCACUAUCAUCUAGGAAACCGUCUUAUAGUAGUACGGGAAGUUUCUCGGAUACUCAGCUUCCACCGGAACCCGUCCAUAACUCCCUGGACAAGGAAAUUUUGGAUGACAGUUACGAAAUGGCCUCUGCACUCAAUUAUAACCAAUUAAAGGGACAUGACCAUACGAACAAAUACCCAGCUUUCCCAUUUCCAACCCCAGAAAGACCAAGACUUCCAAGUGUGCCUUCGUCACAAUCUACAAGUAGGACCCACCGACCUCCACCAGGAGCCUCUAACUCUUGCGCCGCAACGGGAGAGAAGUCGAGAUUAUCAAUCACCUCGAAUACGGACAGCGCUGGAAGCUUUCCCUAUUGUGAUAUGAAUGAUCUCGAACCUCUGAUGAUACCACGAACUCUGUAUAUGCCCUGGCCAACGCUGAGCGUUCGGGCAUUUGCAGAGUUUUUCUACACUGGUCAAGUAAACGGGAAAUGGCUUUUAGCCCCAGUUAUUUUAGACUUACUCGUCAUGGGUAAAAUAUAUGAGAUCCCUCUCCUGUACAGUCUGAUAUCCGAAGUGCUGUAUUCCCUAGUUGGGCGAAAGGAGGAAAGUCUCUAUGUUAUUUGCAACUCUUUGAAACAGACACUAAAGCAGAAAGCUUGCAUUGUAUUCAACGGCGAAGAAGCAUUGGUAAAUGACUAUUUAUCCAAAAAUAAACAGUAUUUGGAUUUAGAACGAAUCAAGAGUUCCUUAGAGGCAAUAGAUGACGGUUUCCUAGAGUUGAAUUUAUUAGAAAGGUACUCUCGUAACUACUCAGUUAGUACUCGUGGGUUUAGUGAUGGUGGGGAACAGUACGAGAAAGAAUCUGCGAAAAAUGACAGUUUCUCGUCCUUCUCCAAUGCAUUCCCGGUCGUUUACAGUCCAAGAGCGAGUUUUGCUUCAGUCGGUUCCAUUGGAUUCCCGCCGAAUCUGAAUCUGGAUCAAAAGAGACCCAGCUCUACUUUCUCACCUCGAUCGAAAAAGAAGUCAAGUUUGAGCAAGGAAAUUGACCCACAAACUUUAAAGUUUGGAUUUGAUGACCUGAGUAUAGAUACAAAGCACAAAAUUCAGUUUAGAAAGCCCGGACCCAUUAAGAGCGAUAAACAAAUUACAAACGAAAGGGAAAUGGCCCUUAUUGACUCGUCUAUGGAGGGGAACCUUAUGGAAAAUUCAGACUCCGAAACAAGUAGCAGCAGCAACAGCGGGACCCCUGGAAGUGCAAAAAGUGGAAAUUACCCAACAAUGGGACGUGAGACCUCAAAUUCUGAGCCUGACUCAAAAAUUUACCAUGAGGACAAUACCUCUAACGGUGAAAAGGGUCGUAGCUCAUCAAAGAGUUCCAGUACACACGACAAAACGCGGGACGACGGCUCCACCUCUAAUUUAGAUGCUGGCUUAGGUCUGCUGUCUUUGAAGAAAAUGAGAAGCAAGGUUAAAAAGGGUGAAGAUUAUUUUGAAGAGUCGGUCGACCCCCUUCUCAAGAUAAACAGCACUCUACAAGCACCAGGAAAGUUUCAAGGGAAUUUUGCAAAUAGAAGUGCUACCAUUGGUACAGCUCCUCCAGUUAGUGCCGGGAAGGUUCAUAGAGACACUUUGUUGAACAAAGAAUUUAAUGCACUGGUUUUGGAGAACAUGAUAUCCCCCAAUGCGUUACCACCAGUUGAUUAUGUGAUUAAAUCCAUCUAUCGAACUGUGGUGCUGGUUAACGAUAGCAAGCUCAUGAUAAGAUGCCUGGACUGCAUAGAAUUGUCCAAGGACUUGAAAAGCAAUAAAAAAGAAAGUCGAUAG